CAAAGGUAACCCAAGACACAUAGUCUGACCCUUUUUAAACUUUUACCUAUGAUCUUUUUCCCAGUUCGCGCUGCUUAUAUACCUGGAUCUCCCAUUCUACAAAAAAAAGAAAAGAAAACAAAAAAAAAAAAGGAAAGGACAGAGCCAGAUAUCGACCCUAGAAACCUUCCUCCCCCAAAUGUCCCAAUCCAAACCCGAGAACCUACUAUCCCCAUACACCAAACUAUCCCCCUCAAUCUAUAUCCAAGAACCCCAAUCACGACCCUCACCCAAUGAAACCAACCCACACCCGAAGACCAUCAUCUUAGCGUUCUGGAUGAACGCCCUCCCACGAGCCCUAACUAAAUAUGUGACCGAAUACACGCGCCUAGCGCCGUCCGCACGAAUCAUCAUCCUCCUAAGCUCCUCCAGCGACUUCACCACAUGCUCCACCAAGAGAGCCCAACAAGCGCGCCUCGCUCCAGCCGUUGAGGCCAUCCAGGCUGAGGCCUCCUCCCAAGACCCCGUCUUCGUCCACAUGUUCUCCAACGGCGGCGUCUUCACGACCAUCAACCUUCUCUCAACGUAUCAGGCGAGAACCGGCCAACCGCUUCGCAUCUCAUCUACCAUCUUAGAUAGUGCGCCAGGUGUGGCGACGGUGUCUGGUGCCUUGAAGGCAUUCUCGUAUGUGCUUCCCAGACCGUGGGUGUUGCGUUUGGUUUGUCAGGCUGCGCUAUGGGUGAUUUUUGUACUGGGGGCGGCUGUGCGCAGGGUGAUCCGUGUGUCAGAUGCUGUCAGUGUUGCGAGGGAGGCGAUCAAUGAUCGUCGGCUUGUUUGCGGGGGUGGGGAUGGGGUGCGUAGGCGGUGCUAUGUUUAUUCAGAUGCGGAUGAGUUGGUUGACUGGAGAGAUGUGGAGAGGCAUGCUGAUGAGGCGGAGGCGAAGGGGUGGUCGGUUCGGAGGGAGAAGUUUGUUGGGUCGCAGCAUGUUUCUCAUAUGAAGUAUGAUCCGGAGAGAUAUUGGGGGAUUAUGAGGGGGUAUUUGUUUGUGGAGUCGGAGAUGGUGGUUGAAUGAAUUGGGUUAGUAGUAUUCCGUUAAAGGGAAUAUAGAGGGGAAGGUAGAGUGAUGCAGUUGUUACACCUUUAUUAGCGGUACAUUAGGCCGUAUUAAGGAACCAUAGUAAGACCAAGAGUCAUUCGUAGAUGGAUUAGAAUAGCACACUACUAGCAGCAAAACCCCGAUUCGGUUCGUUCAAGGCUACUCCAGCUCCCAAGGGAGCAUAUCGAACGGAUCUUCUUUAAGCAACGUAUCAUAUCAUAUCUAUACA